AUGACUCAGAACUGUAGAGCGUUGAAACAACACUUAGAAGACUUAGUAGCGGCUAGGUACCUCCGGGACUACAUUGAUCAGGAUAAGGAAGUGACCGAACCGAAGAACCCACCACCAGAACCGAAUGUUGAGCACCCACCCUGGUUGGUAAUAAAUGUGAUCCAUGGAACCGCAACUCAAGAAUCUGAAGAGACACUGAAAGAAGAGAUUGCUAAGGCUGCGCAAACUCAGCAGGUCAUGUCAGUGGAACUUGCAUCGAAAAAGGUACGUAUAGUACCUAAAUCCCCUUUGUGCACUAUUUCAUUUACUAGAAAAGAUUUAGAGGGCAUACAGCACCCACAUAUUGAUGCAUUAAUUAUAACUGUGGGAAUCGGAAAACGAUUUGAAGUAAAACGAGUCUUGGUAGAUCAAGGUAGUGCAGCAGACAUCUUGUAUUAUGACUUGUUCAGAAAGCUUGGUCUCUCCGAGCAGCACCUCACCCCAACGGCAGCCCCGUUGGUUGGCUUCAAUUCACAGCCAGAAUGGCCGCUUGGCAGAAUAGUGUUGCCAGUCGUGGCGGGAACAAAAACCCUCCAAAUAGAGUUCCUCGUUAUUAAUACACCAUCCCCUUACAACGCCAUACUUGGCCGACCGUGGAUUCAUCAAAUAGAGGCAGUCCCUUCAACUUACCACCAGCUUAUCCGUUUCCCAACGGAACACGGAGUAGAGCAGAUCUCAGGGGAUCAAGUUGCGUCCAAACAUUGCUUCAUGGCGGCACUAAAGGCAAAGUAG